AUGACUUCAACGUCCAUUUUUCUUCCAAACGCAGGAUGGUCGACUCUACAAUGUUAUAAGUGCACAGGGGAAAUCGAGACAUGUAACGAAAAAAACGCAGAAAGAGUGAUGUGCUCCUACGGAAAGGAUUACUGCGGCUCCGUGGUGACGAAUACUGACCCUGGCAUCAACUUUCAGUUUGCUUGCGCAAGCAAGUUGGACUGCAAAGCUGCCCGGGCUUCCUGCACAGCAAAAAUGGAAAAUAAUCCAGGGGUGUCCUGUAAUGCCACUUGCUGUGACUCUAAUUUUUGCGUGAAGCCUUACGCUGAAGGUAAGUUGAUAUUUCCCAACAAAAAAGCUCGUUCCAAAAACCUCUAGAACAAUGACAGGCCACUGGGGACGUUUCUAGGAACGUCUGCGUCUCAGCGGCAGAAAUCCCAUACUGAUGAUGGCAAAUCAAUGUUAACAUAAUAAAUCCGGUAGUCAUGGGGUUCCAAAUGCAAAGUUGUUCACUUUUACGUUACUCCUGGUCGAUUUUGUUAAAGUGUUGUGUUCAUCUCCGAACGAGCUGCAGAAAAACUCAAAUGCCUUUUCUAGAGAAUACUAUAUUCCACCAAUAUUGACUAUUUUGUUUGAGAUUCAUUGCGUUUACAUUUGACCUUUUGUCUGUCAUUCUUAAACAAUAGCUAAAACAAUGUAACUACUCCGUCGACCAAUCUGCGCUUCUGACCAGAUUUCGGACAGAUUUUACGUCAUCAGUAUGGAAUUUCUAUCGCUGAGUCGCAGACGUUCCUCCUCGCGAAACAUCCCCAGCGGCGAGGAACGAAGGGAAACUGCUGUUUUCGCCGGCUAUGACAGACAUCUAAUGAUUCUGAACUUGUGGCCAAGAACCUUUCCUACAAUAGGUUUUGGACAUGUUAAAAUAUUAUCUUGUUGCAUUGUGCAAAACAGAUGUUUCGAUUUUGAUUUUCGCCAUGUCUUUGACGCUGUAAUGGAGAAAUAACAAACUGCUAUACAUCAUUUGACGACUUUGGAAACAAAAUGAGAAGCUAAUAUACCCAUAGGUUUUCUUGCUCUAGUGUGCGGAUCAAGUGACGAUACCAAAAGGAAUAUUCUCUUUUAAAACUGGGGAUAUCCAUCAUAACAUCCACGCAUCUUGUAUUUCAAAUACAUCAGAAGAUCCAAUCUCCCAUGUUAAUUAGUCAUGUAAUUCAUACUCUGAAAAAGAAUAAUCAAACGCGCCAGUAGUGAAGUUUUAAGGAAUGGCAUGUACCGUUAUUUUUUUUCAGAGAACAAUCCGCGACAAUGUUACGAAUGCCAUUCAAUGACAGAGUGCAAUGAGAAGGCCAAAGCAAAACGGUGCACCUCAGGCGAAGAGCGUUGCAUGAAAGUUAUGACAGAAGUGACAUACAAGGAUUCCAAUUUGGUUUACAAGACAUAUAGUAAGGGGUGUGCUACUAUGGACCAGUGCACAAACAUGAAGAAAAACGUCUUCUACAGCGACUGCACAGACGGAGACAAGUGUCAUAUGAGUUGCUGUGAAGGAGAUCUGUGCAACGCGGGUUCCAGUUUUGUGGUCAGCGCUUCCACUUUGUUCGCAUGCGCAGUAUUUACAGUGUUUCGUCUGCAAUAG